UAAAAGGAGUGUCGGUUUAUUUCCUCUUGCCUAAUCCCUCUGCCCCCUUAAUUGGUCAACAAAUAUAAUAAGUUCCCAGGAUCCAUUUCUACUUCUUUACGCUGCGAUUUUGUUCUAGCUUGACAUUCUCCAGUUUUCAUCAAGUGCUGCAUGGCAAUUGUGGUUGAUACUGUAUAAAUGGAAGGUGGAUUGUUUUUACAAUUUCUCCAAGUCUUUCACAUGUUUUAUGGAGAUUAAUGAUUCAAACCUCAAUGGUGAACCCGAAAAUCUCUCAUCGCCCUACCAUCUUCUAUAGGCCCAUACAACCAUCGGAUUUAGAGAUUUUAGAGCAAAUCCACAUUGAUGUAUUUCCUAUCAGGUAUGAAUCUGAAUUUUUCCAAAAUGUUGUGAAUGGACGUGAUAUUGUAUCAUGGGCAGCUGUUGAUCGCAGUCGACCCAAUGGUCGAAGUGAUGAGCUUAUUGGAUUUGUUACUGCAAGAAUUGUAAUGGCAAAGGAUAGUGAGAUAACAGAUUUGCUCAGGUAUGACUCAUCGAAGGAGGAUCAAACAUUAGUAUAUAUUCUGACACUGGGAGUAGUAGAUGCUUAUAGAAAUCUUGGCAUAGCUUCGGCACUUAUCCAUGAGGUUAUUAAAUAUGCUUCGAGCAUCCCAGUAUGCCGUGCAGUUUAUUUGCAUGUGAUUUCUUACAAUAAUCCAGCCAUUCAUUUAUACAAGAAGAUGUCAUUCAAGUGUAUGCGGAGGUUGCUUGGGUUUUACUUGAUCAAUGGUCAGCAUUAUGAUUCAUAUUUGUUCGUUUACUACGUAAACGGAAACCGUUCUCCUUGCUCACCGAUAGUGCUUCUCACUUUUUUCGUUACUUGCAUUAAGACCGGUCUCAAAUCUGUGGCUGCAAAGCUGAGGAAGAAUGAAGAGAAGAUGGUGAAAUGGCCAAAGUGUAAAGAAACUCGGGGUCUCAUCCCGAUACAAAAUAAGCGAAUGAUUAAAACCGAGUGUUCUGGAUGUGAGUAUGUUUAGUAAGUGUAAUACCUGUAUUU